ACUUAGUUGUUUGAGCUAGACGAGCGAACCGUUAGCAAUCCGCUAACAGCAAGAAAAGUGCUGCCCAAGCGCAACUCAGUGUUAAAUAUACAACUCGAAAGAAAAACACUAGACUCCUCUGAUCGAACCCCAAGAACGCCCACUCGAGACCGAACAUCGAGUGAACGAGAAGUGAGUGCAGUGUUACGUUUUAUCCAGCCCACAAGAGGAUAUUGCCCAAAGGACAAGCACAUUAUUUGGAUACCUAACUACGAGGCGUCUGCCACAGAAUGCACACACACCCAGCCCUGCUACUAGUCCUGUCGGUUGCCACCGGCCUGUGGGCCACUGUGGAUGGAGCCGCCACAGGAGCACCUUCGGCCACGGCCACCACAGCUCAGCCAAAGGGGUUCUCGGCCCGUUCGCUGGACGUGAACGCCAGCGGCGCCGAGGAGGAGGACGACUUUGAGACGCAAGCCCAGACGCAUCUGGCCUACAGGCAGCAACAACAGCAACACCACCAGCAGCAGCAGCAGCGCCAGCAGUAUGAGUACAGUGAGGAGGAUCAGGAGGAGGCGCCUCGCCAAGUGUACAUCAAUCGUAAUACCAAGCAGCAGAACAACUACCUGAAGCAACAGCUACAAAAGAAGCCGCUGAGCGAGGAGAGCGAGGAGGAGGAGGAGGAGAUCGAGGAGCCCGACCGUCUCUCCACGCUACUAAGCAAGUCAUCCUUCAGCUGCACGGACAGGAACUCUGGCUACUACGCGGACGAGUCGCUGAGCUGCGAGGUGUUCCACUACUGCCAGGAGAGCCAGAAACACUCGUGGAUUUGCCCAGAGGGAUUCACCUUCCACCAGAUCCACCUGAUCUGCAUGCCACCCUCUCACGACAACAUCUGCAAGCAGUCCUCCAAGUACCACAUCGUCAACGACUACCUGUACAAGCCCAUCAACCUGCAGGAGCACCAGAGCAAGCCCAACGUGACUCUCCGCUACUCGGAGCGCUACUUCCCCGAUAACUACUAUGAGCACGAGCGCUACGACGACGAGGAGGAGGAGUUGCCGGCGGCGCCCAGGCCACGAACACAGCACCAGCAGCAGCAGCAGCAUCAUCAGCAACAGCAACCCCAACAGCAGCAACACCGUCAAGUGAUCGCCUAUCAGCAGCCCCAGAUUCAGCAUCAGCAGGAACCUCAAGUCCGUGUCCAGUAUCAACAGCAGCAGCAGCAGCAGCAGCAGGCACAUCCCACACAGAUCCGACACCAACCACAACCGCAACCGACCACCCUGGCCUAUCGCAAGCCCCAGCCCACGACCACUAUCCAGCCACAAUUACAGUUGCAUCAGCUGCACCACCCCCAAUUGCAGUUGCACCAGCAGCGGCCCCAGACAUUGGCGCCCACCGUAACGCCGGCGCCGUACCGCUUCUUCACUGCCGCUCCACAGCUGCAGCAUCUGCAGCAGCAGCAGCAGCAUCAGCAGGUCUUCCGCACGCCCGAGGAGAUUAACAUCUCGCUGCAGCAGCGCCGACCGCAGGUGUUCAUUGCCACAACGCCUAGGUACUACGAGGAUGAGUACCUCUACGAGCGCAGGAAGUGAGGAGUGAGCAAACAGUCUUGUCGUUCCACACCCUCCCCUUCCCCUGUCCAUGCCCUGGAAUCCACCAAUUGUGUACAUUUCUCCUCCCUCCCACGCCAGUUUUGGGGUCUACUCUCUAUUAGCUUUAAGCUGUGCUCCCGCUCCUGCUCUCUGUCUCUGCUGUCAAGGAAGUAGCUGGCACACUCCAUGCGACGGCCUCCCCUUGUCAGCCCAAAAAUCAUAGCGCGAGUUUUGUGUACCUAUUUGUAAUAUUUAAUGUCCUGCUAGAAGAAUCCGCCUUCUAACUCAAUUCGUUAAUAAAGGAAGCCACAUUUAAGUUA